AUGUGCGGAUCUGCAAAAGAGGCGUGGGAUAUUCUUGCAAAAUCCUACAGAGGUGUUGAAAGAGUUCAGAAGGUGAGACUUCAAACUCUUAGAAGCGCGUUUGAGUUGCUACGAGAUGGAGAACACGGACAACGUGGCGGAAUAUACAUCUCGAUAUCUCAAGACAAGAAAUCUGUAGAAGUAGUUCAGUUUGCACAAGAAGAGGACUUUGAAGACCAUGCACUACUAAUGGUUUCAAAUGACAAAGAAGAUUAUAACUUCAACACUUGGUAUCUUGACACAAGAUGCACCAAUCAUAUGAUUGGUAAAAAAGAGCUUUUUGUGAAUUUAGAUGAAUCAGUACAAAAAGUUGUUAAGUUUGCAGAUAAUAGCAUCAUUCCUGUUAUGGGCAAAGGUAGAAUCUUGAUACAAUUGAAGAAUGGAGAUCAUCAAUUUAUCUCAGAUGUGUUUUAUGUGCCAGGGAUGAAAAACAACCUGCUGAGUAUGGGACAACUCCUUGAAAAAGGAUAUCGCAUGGAGAUGAAGAAUGGUCAUUUAACCAUUCUUGGCGAGAAAGUGGUGAUGUCAUCCUUAAUUCGAGUUAUGUCAAAAAACAGAAUGUUUCGCAUUGACAUAAUAACUGAUAUAUAUCACUGCUUUAGUGCUAUUUUUAAGGAUGCAUCAUGGUUAUGGCAUCUCAGAUUUGGGCAUCUGAAUUUUAGAAGUUUGAAAUUGCUUGCUCAAAAGAACAUGGUGAAUGGAUUGCCUUUACUGGAUCAUCCUGAACAAUUUUGUGAAGGAUGUAUUCUUGGAAAGCAGCAUAGAAAUUCCUUUUCAACUAAGAAUAAUGGCAUGCUUCUCACCCUCUAG